AUGGACCUCACCCCCGUGCUUUUACUCGAGUUCUUCGUUCGCUCUUUUGUUGAGCUAUGGACUUCUGCUGUGUGGGUUUGCGGGGGAGGUACUAUUUGGGUGGUCCAGCGUAGCUGUUCGAGAAGGAGUGACUUGACAUGUUGGAGGAAUGGGCGACGUGUUGAUGCGCUGACACGUGCACACACAGGUGGAGCUGUGGAAAUGGAGUUGGGCGAUGUGAAUUUGCAGAUGCUUCUCUUCCUUGCACGCCAUGUGGUAGCAUGGGUGGGACAUGACGGCAGCAAACCUGUUCACCCCUUCUCUUCUUAUUGUGACUAG